GUAGAUCCUGACGAGAUCCUCACUAAUGGACAUGCAGGAAUGCUUAAUGAUACUCACCGUCACAAGGCGUACAGAUCAGCAAUCCAAACUGCUAUAAAGAAGAUCCACAGUAGGGGUGAAGCUGUGUGUAUGUUGGAUAUCGGGACAGGGACUGGUUUACUGGCUUUAUACGCUGCUGAAGCUGGUGCUGAUUUUAUUGUGGCCUGUGAGAGCAAUAAGACCAUGGCUAACAUAGCGAAAGGUGUUAUAAAGGACAAUGAAAACAUGUAUAAGAAAACCUGCAAAAUUGUUGUUGAGAUUAUGUCGUCAUGUGAUUUAGAUAAGUUUAAUAGCGGUUACAGAAACAGUUUUAACCUCAUUGUUAGCGAGGUUUAUGACAGUGAGCUUAUAGGAGAGGGUUGUUUGCUCACUUACAAACACGCUCUCUCUCAACUAGCAUCUGGAAACUGUAUCUUCAUCCCAUCCAGAGCAACAUUGUUUGCUCAGCCAGUGUUCUCAGCCAGUCUUGACAGUUACUGCUCGUUACCAUCGAGUAAGGAAUCUCAACAGAGAACUAAUAUUUCUUUUGACGUACCCUGGGAGGUCCACGUUGACAAGAUAUCAGACCUCAAGUCAGGUGCUCCAGUGGAAUUGUGGCAGUGGGAAUUUAACCUAGCAUCUGUGGAAUGUUGGACAGGUGCCAGGAAUAUCAGCAUCACAAAUAAGGAACUUUGUAACGGUAUAGUGGUCUGGUGGAGGAGUGAUAUUGAUGAGGAUAACGUUAUAUCAACAGCUCCUAAACCUCUUCUGGAGUUUCAGGAGUUCAGAGACCAUUGGAUGCCCCUUGUUUACUGCAUGUGUUAUAAUAAAGGUGAUAUAAGUCUACAAGUUAAUAUCACUGAUUUAGAGGUUCAAAUCGAUCACUCUGGACCAGGUAACUUUAACAACUGUGUUUGCUCUAAAAAGGACAAUCCGGGAGAGAUGUUGAGCUACCGUUACCUAGGUUACAUGAACUGUUGCCGCCUAAAUGCAGCCUACUGUGGUAGUGUAUGUGAAUUGCUGAAGACUGAUGAUAAAAGUGUUGUGUAUAUUGGGCCACCUAGCACACUUCCUGCACUACUCAGUAAAAACCUUUCCUGCAAAGUUAAAACUAUUCGAGUAUCAGAUACAACAAGUGAACUAAAAGUAAAGGAAGGAACCAUAGUAGUGGAUAGUUGUUACCACCCCUUCUCAACAAGUGAACUAAAAGUAAAGGAAGGAACCAUAGUAGUGGAUAGUUGUUACCACCCCUUCUCAACAAGUGAACUAAAAGUAAAGGAAGGAACCAUAGUAGUGGAUAGUUGUUACCACCCCUUCUCUUUAACUUGUGUGUCGUAUUACUACAGGAGGGAACUACUAGAACAGUCUCUCAGCUCACAUUGUAGUCUGGUACCUCGUAAAGUAGUGUUAUCUAUAACGUUAGUAGAGUCUUGUCAGCUGGCUAACAGGAUGUUAUCUCCUGAUACUAUAGACGGGUUCAACAUGUCCGGUUACAGUGAACUAGUGAGACAAUGUCAGGGUCAACUCAGUGGAGAUGACAUGUUCGAUCCAAUACACCUGUGGGAAUAUGACUACACAACUUUAUCAACUCCCACACAACUACCAUCAUUACAGCAGUGUGAUGAUAACUUUACUUCUACCCUACCAAUUACACAACGCGGCCUGGUUACCAAUGCUGUAUUCUCCCUGGGUUACUAUUUUGGUGACUCUUUGUUAGAAUUUGGUAACUCUGAUUACUUCAAUAAGGUGGACUGUUUCACGUUAGUUGACGAUUUGAGGGUACAGAGUGGGGAUAAAGUUAUUGUUGAUUUUCAAUUGCGGAAUUGUCAGAUUGUUUCCCUUUUAGUUUAUAAAUCUUAAUCUGUAAUUACAUUA